AUGCCCUCGGAUAGCCCUCCUCAUAGCAGCUAUAUGUUAGAGCCAGAGCCAAAGCCAGAGCCAAAACCAAAGCCAAAGUCAAAGCCAAAGUCAAAGCCAAAGUCAAAGCCAAAGUCAAAGCCAAAGCCAGCACCCAGCAUUCCCAGACCGGCGGGCCCAACACCGGUCAAACCAGCACCAAAUAUUCCCGCACAAGCGAUUCCUGAACCAGCGAGACCAACACUGGCCACCUCAGUACCAGAGAUUCCCGCACCGGCCACUCCAACACCAUCUCUUCCAGAACCAGAGAUUCCAGCAUCCAGUGCCCCAACCUAUCUUGAUCCAAUAGGAGAAUAUACCCGACUAGACGCCGAAAUCGAAGAUGGUCGAAGACGACGAGGUUUACUCGUGCAAGAAGCCGCACGCUCACUCCUAGAAGAAGCCACACUCGAAAGGGAAGUCGAGAUCAUAAAUUUGCAAUCGGAUAUGCAGCGCAUACAUCGAGAGGAGGAGGAUGCUGUUGCAGCUACUGCUACAGCACCAAGGUCCACUCAGGAGUCGGGGUUCGAUUUUGGAGAUGGCAUGUGCUCCCGCCUGUUUGCAGCGCAGGAAGAAUGGAAUCCUAUGCAACACAACCGUGGUACCCUUAUUCAAAUAACGCAAACAACGUCGUCCCUACCCCCAAACGGUUUAAAUCUGUCACAGCGAUUGAAAUUGAUUGAGAGCGGCAGUAAACAACGAACCCCAAUCGGCCCUGUGACCUCAGAACCAGCGCGAGAGCUCCCUGCUCUCCCACCAGGCAGUUACUCCUUUGUUCUCGAUACAACACAUGACCUUAUUGGGUCUGGAACUUCAGCAAAAGUUCCGGAGGGAGUAAUGAAGUUAUAUUUUGACUGCCUGGGUGCCGAGGGACGGGAACAAAUUGUUUCCGAGUGCAUUCGUCAAUGUUCGACAUGCAUGCGAAAUAAGAGGCUUGAAGGUUUGGCUGAUCUCAAUAUGCUUCGAGAGGAUUUGGAUGGUGCCCUAGAAAAGUACAAUACCAUAGAUAGAAUGUUUGCGCUAGUCACCGAAAAGACCGAUGCCACAACCAAGAAAAAGCAGGCUCGCAUUAGUGAGUGGCACGCAAAAAUGUGGGAAGACUUUAAAUAUGUCCAUACAUUGCAAUGUAUCUCGACGGCUGUCGAAAUCGAGUUUCGUCUGUCUGAGGACUUCAGGUUUAUCUUGGCGGAAAACGCCACAAGACUCAACGAUAUGGAAGGAGAGCCGUCGAAGGACGACAUGGUAUUACUUCUUUUCAUAAUGAGAAUGCGCAUAAUCCGAGGGGGUUUAGCGAUGGCAACCCAGGCGAAAAGAGAUCAGACCGACCAAGUCAUGGCCUAUUUUCUGUAUAGAAUAUACGAAUGGGUGAAAACAGAUAUGCAGCUUAACCCCAGAAGACUUCAGAAGGAGAAACCGGAUGUGACGCCCGAUUUUGAUGAGAGGUAUGACAGUGCUGAGGCUGAUAACAUUCGACCGGUGAAAGCAGAAUUGGAGCCUAGUAUCGAAGAAGGAUACGCGGAUCCGGAGACUAGGAAUCUUUACGAGGAGUACAAGCGUGUAAUUUUGCAACCAUUCUUGGACACUGACCAUUAUGUCUUGGGAUUGAUGAAGAUGCACAUGGCGGAGUAG